AAGACUGUCCUGGCUUUCUCACUGUCACCUUGAGCCUAUCAAGAUCCUUCCUCCCAGCUGGACUGGAUGGGAGGUGAGCUCCGGUUCUUAAGGAAUUACCAGUCACCAGGAAAAGUGUUCACCCAAGUUUAAAUUACUACUUAGCCUGGUGGCCAGGAUCCUGCCCCAUCUUAGAAACCAGGCCAUGGCAGCUGUGUUCCUGACAGCCCCAGGGAAGGAGUUGCUGUCCUUUGAGGAUGUGGCUAUGUACUUCACCAGAGAAGAGUGGAACAAACUUGAUUGGGCUCAAAAGGACCUCUACAGAGACGUGAUGCUGGAGAAUUACAGAAACAUGAUUUUGUUGGGAUUUCAGAUUCCAAAACCUGAGGUGAUCUGUCAGCUGGAACAGUGGGAAGACCCAUGGAUCCUGGAUCUACCAAAAGCUGGGACUAGAAGGGCUUCCAGUAGUGCUUGCCCAGAUUCUGAAGUCAGAUACCAGAUGAUAAAGCUAACUCCAAAGCAGAAAAUUUCUGAAAAUACAACGUCAUGUAAGAGAGCAGUGGUAAAGCAGAAGACGGCCUUGACGCCUUCAGAAAAGUUACUUAAAUUUAACAAAUUUGUGGACAUUUACAGAGUUGUACUUCCUACUGUUGAUAAUGAAUACAACAAGUACUUCCUUCAAAACCUUAACCUUUUUCAAGAUCAGAAUGGUCAAACAAGUAAGAAGCAGGGCAAAUAUAAUGAGUAUGGAAAACCCUUCAAUCAGAGAUCAUUGUUUUUGAGGCAUAAGCAAAUUCUGACAAAUGCAAAAUCUUAUGAAUGCAGUGAAUGUGGAAGAGCCUUCAAACGUCAGGCAAAUUUUGUUCGACAUCAGAGAUUUCACACUUCAGAGGAUCCCUUUGAGUGUGACAUAUGUGGGCAAGCCUUCAAACAGAAGUCUGCUCUUACUGCCCAUAAACAGUGUCACCCUCAAGAAAAGCCAUAUAAAUGUCAUGAGUGUGGAAAAUAUUUCCGUCAGAUGGCAUAUCUUGUUGAACAUAAAAGGAUCCAUACCAAAGAAAAACCCUAUAAAUGUAGUGAAUGUAAAAGAACAUUUAGUCAGAAUUCAACUCUAAUUCGACAUCAGGUAAUCCACAGCGGAGAAAAACCCCAUAAAUGCCUUGAAUGUGGAAAAGCCUUUGUUCGGAACUCAACCCUUAAGAGCCAUCAACAAAUUCACAGUAAACAGAAUGCUCACAAAUGCAGUGAAUGUGGAGAAUCCUUUGGUCGGAAUAUAGAUCUCAUUCAGCAUCAAAGGACCCAUACUAAGGGGAAAGUAUUUGAAUGUAGAGAAUGUGGAAAAACUUUUAGUUUUAAGUCAAAUCUCCGUCGACACAAGGUCAUUCAUAAUGGAGAGAGACCCUAUAGAUGUGACAAAUGCGGGAAAUCUUUCAGUUGGCGCACAAGCUUUAUUAAGCAUCAGAGUACUCACAGAGGGCAGGUAUCUACGUGACUAAUGAGAAAAGCUAUAAUUUAAAGACCGGUACUUGUCACUAUUGCAAGUAUAUGUAAUUAGAUCGUUUUACAAAAAUUAAUAAACAAGAGCCAAAGUCCGUCUUUCUGUGGGGGCCCUCAUUUUGUAGGUAACCUUGCUGUAGUCCAGAAUUACUUAAUAGAAAAUGAGGUAGGCUGUUGUAUCCAGUUUCCCUUGAGUCCCUAUACCUUUGUUCCCCCCAAGUCAAGUUAAGGCAUAAGGGAGGCUUGGUAGCUUUGCUCUGUGGUCCCCCAGGCUGGAGAUCAUUUAAUAUAUUGUGAAUGAUUUAAGAAGGCCGUUCUUGGUUUUACACAGAAUAAUGGACUUGAUAUUGAUAGGCUGUUUAAAAGUAAGUGCCACUUGUAGCUAGUGAGGUAUUAAGAAUAAAAAUUUUUAAUAAAAUUUAGUGUUCUACUGUAGUGAUUUUCAACGUUUUUCAUCUCAUGGCACACAAACUAUUUACUAAAACUCUGCAGCACAUCAAAAAAUAUAUUUUUGGCCGAUUUGCCCAAAAAAGUAGGUAAGAUUUUGAUUCAUUCACACCAGAAAGCUACUAUUAUGUUUCUGUUGUCAUUUUUUUUUUAUUUGACAAUCUAAGGGAAAAGAGGUUAGCACCCCUGACUAAAUGGUCAGGUAUUGCAAAUUU